UCAUUCAGUGCACAAGUGUUGAAUGUGCUUUUCUGUAUCAUCAACAUCCAACCCAACUACGGAGUUGCUGCAUUUCAGACUUGGCUUUCUUUAAUCAAUUGCUCUAAAAUAACUUUAAAUAUUAAAAAGCUAACUUCUUCCAGCUAAAUUGAACGAUAAGUUGAAAGCAAUGUUGAAAUUAUUGCAGAAGAAUCCAUUGAAAAUGAAAUAAAUUCAAUAAAAUGAACCGUGUAUUUAGAAUCAGUAUCAAAUGUGAUGAUUCUAACAAUUGAUGAAAUGAUCCAGAGUGUUAGAACACGAUGUAAUAUCCCCAAGGUCAUACGAAUCAGACCGGAAAUGAUGGAAAUUGAUAGUCUACUAUGGUAGUGUUUUAAAUUACAUGCUGGAUUGAUAUUUAUAUUAGCUCUUAUGAGAAAAAGCUUACUUUCAUCACUUUAGUGUUGUUGAUGCUGCAAAAACGGUACUUUCUGAGUAGCCUCCACUUGACAUUUUUUUAUCUUCAAGAUCUGCUUUGUCUGUGUAGAAGCAUGGGUGAGUAGCUUUUAUCAAACCAAAAUGCCAAGCCUAAUUACCUGAUGUGAAGUGAUGAUGAUGUAAAAUGCAAGUUGGUCAAUAUUUAUUUACCAAAUUGCUAUUACAAAAAUAUGUUUCGGAUAUAUAAUAAUUCUGCAUCAUCAGGAUUCAAGCUUUUUUUUGAGCUCAAGUUAUUUCUUUACGUGAAAAAUUUCAUUAAGAGAUGAUAUGGAAGCUGAAAGUGAGGUUGAUGAAGAUCUAGAUCCGGAUCAAGAGAAUUCUGUUUUAGAGUAAUCACAAAAAUUCAAAUUGGAACUGCACGAUGAAGAUUUCGAUAAAUCCACGGUCUUUAGAAGCGUCGGAAAAGAAAGAAUGCACUUUAGUGCAAUCAUCAAACGACUUGAAGGAUUCAACUAGUUCAGAAUUGAUUUCUGGGUCUCCAAAAUGUGAAUCAAAUGUAAAUUUAAGUGGAAACAUUAAGACUGAACUGCACGACAAUGAGAUGUUUAAAUUUUCUAAAAAUAAAAAAUCACCCUGUCCUGAUACAAUUCAUGAAUUCGAAGAAGAUGGUCUUACUAUGGAUAGAGUUUGCAAAUAUCUAGAAUCUAACCCUGCUGUAGUAGAAGCUUGGUUUCGAGAAAAAGCCAGUCCUGAAUUGAAAAUGAAACUUUUAAAUUUAAAUCCACCACAAAAAUCAACUCUAAAUGUUCAACCCAACGUACCGGAGCAUGCUCUUGUUCGCACUAAACGCAAUAGUGUGACCUCUGACCUCUUCCAAUCGUGGUUAGCAUCAAACUCCCCUAUCAAAAGAAAUAGAAGCCCUAACCGAUUUCCAAUGUCUCUAUCUGGUCGAAGAGAGGAAUUAAAUCAACUAGAUGAAGGUGAACUGUUCAUGGAACUUAUUAGAGAUGUAGCUAAUGAACUUGACAUUAAUGUACUUUGUCAUAAAAUACUCGUCAAUGUGGGACUCUUAACCCACGCAGAUCGUGGUAGUCUUUUUUUGGCUAAAGGGCCCUUAGAAGAUCGGUAUUUAGUGGCAAAACUCUUUGACGUUACUCAAGAUACUGAACUUGAUGAAGCUAUGAAAAAAGCUAAGAAUGAGGAGAUUAAAAUACCAUUUGGUGUUGGAAUAGCUGGAUAUGUUGCACAAACCAAAGAAGCUAUCAAUAUCAAAGAUGCUUAUAAAGAUCCAAGAUUUAAUAGUGCAAUUGAUAUGAGAACUGGAUAUAGAACCAACUUAAUCCUUUCAAUGCCUAUUUGUAAUUAUGAGGGUGAUGUGAUUGGCGUAGCACAAAUCAUCAAUAAAACUAAUGGCAGUAAUGAAUUCACUGAACGAGAUGUUGAAGUAUUUCAGAGAUAUUUAACAUUUUGUGGAAUUGGGAUACAAAAUGCACAAUUAUUUGAACUUUCUGUCCAAGAGUAUCGUAGAAAUCAGAUUCUGCUGAAUUUAGCAAGAAGUAUUUUUGAAGAGCAAAAUAAUUUAGAGUGUUUAGUAACAAAAAUAAUGACUGAAGCUAAAGAAUUACUUAAAUGCGAACGCUGUGCAGUUUAUUUGCUAGAUUUAGAUUGUGGUGAAGCAGGACAUUUGGAGAAAAUUGUUGAAAGACCUGGGAAAUUUAUUCAAGAAGCUAGAAAACCUCUAUCAAGGAGAGAAAGCAACAAUAUUGAUAUGGAAGAUAUCUUGAUGAAACAGACUACUAAUGAUGGAAGUGCCAAGUUCACGAUGAUCUUUGAGAUGGAAAAUGGAACACAGGAAGCCCGAGUAAGCAGGCUGACUACAACUGACUUAUCUAGUCCUUUAGGAAGGAUAGCAAGGUACGUUGCUAGCACGGGUCAAAUUCUGAAUAUUGGAGAUGUGGAAAUGUGGUUGAAGAAAGGAGUCUUAGACACCGGAAAGGAUCCAAUCAAGAGUAUCCUCUGUAUGCCUAUAGUGAAUGGUCAAAGGAGUGUAAUAGGAGUUGCUCAGCUCAUCAACAAGGAUAAUGGAAGUUCUUUCACUGAUCCGGAUGUCUCAAUUUUUGAGGCAUUCGCAAUCUUUUGUGGCCUGGGAAUUCACAAUACUCAGAUGUAUGAAUCCGCGUGCAAGUUGAUGGCAAAGCAAAAAGUUGCACUUGAAUGUUUAAGUUAUCAUGCAACAGCUAGUAACGAAGAUGCAUUGAAAUUGACAACUGAUGUGAUUCCCUCAGCAGAAAAAUACAAUUUGUACAGCUUCACAUUCACAGAUUUUGAUUUGAAUGAUGAGGACACUUGUCGUGCUACUAUCAGGAUGUUUCAAGCAUGUGAUCUCAUUCACAGGUUUCAUAUACCUUAUGAUGUCCUUUGUCGAUGGACUCUGAGUGUUAAAAAAAAUUAUCGACCAGUAAAAUAUCACAACUGGAGGCAUGCUUUAAAUGUAGCACAGACGAUGUUUGCAAUGCUGAAGACCGGAAAAAUGGAGCAGUUCAUGACAGAUCUUGAAAUUCUAGGACUUUUAGUUGCAUGUUUAUGCCACGAUCUUGAUCAUAGGGGAACUAAUAAUGCAUUUCAAACUAAAACUGAAUCACCGUUAGCAAUAUUAUAUUCAACGAGUACAAUGGAGCAUCACCAUUUUGAUCAAUGUGUGAUGAUCUUAAAUUCAGAUAGUAAUAAUAUUUUUCAAACUCUCUCUAUGGAAGACUACAGAAGAGUUAUGAAAGUAGUAGAAAGUGCAAUUUUAUCGACAGACUUAGCUGUUUACUUUAAGAAAAAAAAUAAAUUUAUGGAGUUGAUUGAAGAAGGAGAAUUUGAUUGGCAGAGUGAAGAGAAAAAAGAGCUACUUUGUGGGAUGAUGAUGACUGCUUGUGAUGUCAGCGCUAUUGCAAAACCCUGGGAAGUUCAACAUCGAGUAGCAAAACUAGUUGCUGAUGAAUUCUUUGAUCAAGGAGACUUGGAGAAGCUUCAAUUAAACCAACAACCUGUCGCAAUGAUGGAUCGAGAACGUCGCGAUGAGCUUCCACAGAUGCAAGUUGGAUUUAUUGAUGUCAUUUGUCUCCCUCUAUAUAAAGUUUUGUCAGAAACUUUUCCUUGGAUGAAGCCACUUUAUGAAGGCACAGCAGAAAAUCGAAGACAUUGGCAGGACUUGGCAGAAAAAGUUGAAAUGGGUCUUACCUGGAUCGAUCGUGAUACUAUUGAAGAGCCAGUUGAAGAAUUUGUUUCUCAAGAACCUAAAGAUAUUGAAUUUACUGUCACAACUUUAAAUUGUGCUCAUGAAAAGAAAGAUAUCUCUGGUUUAGCUAAAAUUUCAUCAGAUUGUCCUAAAAAUUCUCUUGGACGAUUUGCUUCACUUAGAAAGGGUGGUAGAUCACUUGGAAAAGGUGUCAGACAUCGACUUAGUAGAUCUCUGUAUGCUAGAAGUAGCUCUGAAGAUACUGGUAAAGUUAAAGUCAUGUUGCCGGAAAGAAAGAAUAAAAACAAAUUAUGCCAGCUUAUUUGACGGCUCACGACUUCGAGUACUCUUGAAAGUAUUCCCGAGUAACUCACUAAGAAAUUAUCGGUAAACUUUUUUAACUAAAAAAAAUGAUAAACACUGAUAGUAAAAAUGAGUUUAGGGAGGUCUAAGGGAAAACAAUCGUAGAAAACGGAAAUGAAAAUUGAUGAAUUAUUUGUUUGGAGAAAUAUCUGCUAGUUUUACUGUUGUUUACAUAUUUAAGAAUGGUGACUUACUGUUGAUAGUAGAAAAGAAAUAUUUUUAAAUCAGAAUAAAUUGUUAAAUGAUAAUGAGUUUUAUUCCAAAUCAAAAUCAUAUUAUUAGUGAUGUUGAUCUGAAUAACUAUUUGGAGAUUUUUUUCAAUUAAUGAUUUAAAACUAUAAAUAAUAAAUUUUAUUCAUGGAAAUAAUCCAUUAGAGUGAAAAUAUUUUUAAUUAAAUUUAUUUUUUAAAAUCUCAUGAACAUCAAAGAAAAAUCAAGUGGAAAAAUGUAAAUAGGAAGAGUGUAGAAAAUGAAGAAAAGGACUGUUGACUACAAUGUUGAAUAGAUUAUUUUAAUGCUUGUACCGUAAAAAAAUUGGUGCAUAAAGUUUGAAAUAAUACGCUAUAUUUUUAAAAGUGUAAAAUAUAAAUUAGCGUUUGCAUUCAAAAGAUAUACUUUGUAGGAUAUAAAAAUGCCAGUAAAAUUAAUUUUUAAAUGAAAAAUGCUUUUAGUGACUACUAUGGUUGUUUCCCCAAAAGGACCUUUGAUGGAUUAAAAAAAAAGACUUUGUGUAUAGAUAAUUAGCUGGAAUUUGUGAUCUCAAAAUGAAAUUUUGACAAAAGAAAAUGAAAAAUAAUUGUAUCUUUGAUAAUGAAAAUGUAAAUUUCAUUUUUUUUAGAUUAUAGAGAAAAAUGGGACGUUGCAAAGAUAAUCUCUUAGAUUUUAAAAGAGAUCAAAAAUAUGAAAUUAUUGUAUAGUCAAUUUAGAAAGAAAUUUUUCUAGAUUGGUUAUGGGUUUUUAUUGUGAAGAUCAAGAUUUUGAAUUUAUGUAUAAAGAAAUUAACGUAUUUAAAGGGGAUUCAGGACUUCUAUGAAGAAAAAAUUCAUAUGAUGAUAAUAAUAAAGGAGAAAAUUAAUUCAAGUACACUUGAAACGAAGAAGUAAUACUAUUAAUAAUAAACAAUAAGAAAUUAAAAUAAUAAUAAAAAAUAAAUAAAAACCAAGCAAGUAAAUUAAUGAAUAAAUACAAUGGGUGAAUAAGUGAAAAGAUUUCUAGUCUUUUGAUAUAAGUAGAAAAUAGAAAUAAUAAAAAUGCUAUUGUCAGUAAAUAAAAGAACAUUACUGCAUGAAAUUAAAAUGAACACUUUGAUGUAAAAAUUGUAA